AUAUUUGUGUAUUCGUUUUUUCUGUCCUUUGCAAACUUCUUCCCAUUUGGAGACACGUCUCUGAAGAUUUGGAUUUUGCUGAAAUUAUAUGUUUGUAACUCUUGAGGUUUCAUUACGGAUUAAUCCUGUUUUGUAUUAUAUAAUAACAAAUCUAAAAAUUUCAGUGAACCUAAAAGGUACGGCAAAAAACUAAGAACUUAAUAAAACGUUGAAGAAAUCUUGUGGAAAAGAUUGAAUGAGCUCACGGGUUUUGUGGAAUUUUUUUUAGCAAGUGGCACAGUUGAUUGACGAAGAUUUAAGUGUACCAAAACCGACGCAUUGACGCAAGUCUUGCUAAGUCACAGCCCCAAUAAGGGAGUUUUUCUCCUUCUUCCUAUAAAGAACCAGUGAACGAAACAUACAACAAUAACCCAUUACUUACGACACAAACUUAAAAAGAGAUAUGAUGACUCGUAGCCAUUGCUAUUGCUUUUAUGGUAUUUUUACCAUCUAUUUCUCACUCUUAAUCCACACUCUUGCUUCUGCUCCGCUCAAUCUUUGCCAGCACGACCAGAGGGAUGCUCUUUUGGAAUUCAGGGAUGAGUUUGUGAUUGAUGAGUUUGACCCAAGUCGGUGGAAUAAAAGCAGCGAUUGCUGUUUGUGGAAACAUGUCAAGUGCGAUGAUAAAUAUGGUCAGGUGAUAUCACUCGACCUUCAUGACACUUUUCUUAACAGCUCGUUGAAAAUUAACAGUAGUCUUUUUAGACUCCAAUAUCUUCGUCACCUAAACCUUAGCAGUUGCAACCUCCAAGGAAAAAUUCCUUCUUCACUAGGAAACCUUUCUCAUCUUACUGUUGUCGACCUUUCUUUUAAUGAACUGGUAGGUGAAAUCUCAGCUUCAAUAGAAAAUCUUGACCAUCUAAGAUACUUUAGCGUUGAGUAUAACCAUCUCACAGAAAUGAUUCCUUCUUCACUAGGAAACCUUUCCAGUCUCACAUUUCUUGAUCUUUCUUCUAAUGAAUUGGUUGGUGAGAUUCCAACUUCAAUAGGUUAUAUAAAAAAUCUAAGAGAGCUUCACCUUGGGGGUAACCAUCUCAUAGGAGAGAUUCCCUCUUCACUAGGAAACCUUUCUCGUCUCUUAGAACUUGAACUUGGGCAUAAUCAUUUGGUGGGUGAAGUUCCCCCGUCCAUAGGAAACCUGAACGAGCUAAGAGUCAUGCAGCUCUACCAAAACACCCUGAGUGGCAACAUUCCUAUUUUAUUAGCCAAUUUAACCAAGCUUUCUGAUAUUAGUCUCUACUAUAAUAACUUCUCAUCUACCCUUCCAUCUGACAUGAGUGGAUUUCACUACUUGGAGUAUUUCCUAGUUAGUGAAAACUCACUUCACGGACCUUUCCCUAAAUCCUUGUUCUCGAGUCCUUCGUUGCAAUUGGUUGAUUUGGAAGGAAACCACUUCACAGGACCUAUAGAGUUUGCAAAUACAUCUUCAUCUGAGCUUCAGUAUCUAGGUCUUUCCCGUAAUGGAUUCGAUGGCCCGAUCCCAGAAUCUAUAUCUGUGUUUCUCAACCUUGUUGAGUUAGAUCUUACCUACAACAACUUCACUGGGUCACUCCCUAAAUCAAUAUCAAAGUUAACCAGCCUCACAGAUUUAAAACUUUCCAACAACAAGUUGAAAGGUGAAGUACCAAGUUUUGUCUGGAGAUUCUCGACAAUGAUUCUUUCUCACAACUUAUUCAGCAGUUUUGAAAACUCUUCUCAAGAGACUCUGAUCCAAAUGUUGGAUCUGAGUUCAAAUUCAUUCGAAGGUCCAUUUCCCCAGUGGAUCUGCAAGCUUAAGAGGUUAAGCCUAUUAGAUUUGUCCAACAAUCUUUUCAACGGGUCAAUCCCUCCAUGUUUAAGGAAUUCUAUUGUUUCUCUUACGGAGCUGAAUCUGAGUAACAAUAGUUUCAGUGGAACUGUUCCACAUAUAUUUGGCGAUGCUACCAAGUUAGAGUCAUUGGAUGUUAGCCACAACCAGCUGCAUGGAAAGUUUCCAAAGUCCUUGAUUAAUUGCACAGCUCUGCAAUUUGUGAAUAUGGAAAGCAAUAAAAUCAAGGACAAGUUUCCAUCAUGGUUAGGGUCUCUACCAUUUUUACAUGUUCUCAUCCUCAAGUCAAACGAGUUCUAUGGGCCGCUGUAUCAUCGCCACAUGACCAUGGGGUUUCAGAGUUUAAGAGUUAUCGAUGUUUCACAUAACGACUUCACUGGAACUCUCGCACCUCACUAUUUUUCUACCUGGCGUGAAAUGUCCAUAUUCACCGAAGGAGCCUACAUGGCAAACUUACUGCGUUAUUAUUCAAGCGACCUGUUAAACUAUCGGUCAAUGGAAAUGGUGAAUAAAGGAGUAGAUACAAGGUUUCAGCGAAUCCGAAGAGACUUCAGAGCUAUUGAUUUUUCUGGAAACAGAAUAUAUGGCAAAAUCCCUGAAUCUUUGUGCUUAUUGAAGGAAUUGCGUCUUCUCAACUUGUCAGGUAACGCCUUCUCAAACAAUAUCCCGCGAUUUUUGGCAAAUUUGACAAAGUUAGAGGCACUAGACCUCUCGAGUAAUAAACUGUCAGGUGAAAUCCCACAAGAUCUUGGUGAACUCUCGUUUUUGUCAUACAUGAACUUCUCUCACAACCUUCUCCAAGGUCCAUUGCCUCGUGGCACUCAGUUUCAAAGGCAGGAAUGUUCUUCAUUCUUGGGAAACCCUGGACUCUAUGGUCUCGAAGAUAUAUGUCAAGAAAGCCAUAGCUCGAAUCCUACAUCACGGCAACGCAAGGAAUCGUCAGAAUCAGAAGAACGGAUGUUCAGCUGGGUAGCAGCUGCAAUAGCCUAUGGACCUGGUGUGUUCUGUGGAUUGGUGGUCGGACAUAUCUUCUUCACUUCACACAGUCAAGAGUGGUUCAUUGCAAAGUUUGGUCUAAGAAAAUUCAGAGUCACUGUAGGUGGUGGCUAGGCUCAUCUCGUGCAGUCUCCGUAUUAAUACCGCAUAUGUGAAGCAUAUACUUUUGUUCGUGUUGUACUGAAUUUUCCAAGUGUCUUCUCCAAAAGACUCAUUUGUGUUUGUUUCUAAUUUUCUAUUGCAUGGUUUUCUUCUUCU